GUCGCGUCAUCGGGGAGGGGACUCUCAUUUCUUUGCAUUGAAUUUGGCGUCGAGCCAGUGAUUCAAGGUUGUGUAUUCUUGACUUACGCAUAUUGGUAGUGUCUGCAGCGGGUCAGCGAUGUCUGCGGACGCGCGGCGUCCGGGCCGCGCCUGCGGCCAAACGGCCCGGCCCGAGACGGUCACGGAGAAAUCCUUCAUGGAGUCGGUCACUGGAAUCAUCAAUGAGGUGGUUCCCUCGAGCUACUCUCACCAGUCGUCGGGCGCCGACCACCGCGAGACGGUGCAAUGGGCGCGCUUCGAGCACUGUGACGUCAAUGACAUCUGCAGCUACACGGAGCAGAUGGAGGCCAACGGAAAUGUGGCGCCGCUGGUACUCGUCAUCGGAUACACCACUGGCGUACAGGUGUGGCUGCUGCAGGGUAACGGUGAGGCGCACGAGGUGCUCUCCUGGCGCCAGGGCGUGGCGCGUGACGCCCGCCUCCUACCCUCUCCCGAGACCGGUAUGGACGACCUGUACGUUCAGAAGCGGCCUCUGAUGGCCGUGUGUGACGCCGCCGGCAGUGAGACCCAGUUCUGCUCGGUGGGACUCAUCAGUCUGAGGACCGGUGAACAGGUGAAGAGCGUCAAGUUCAAGUCUGCGAUCAGCGCGGUGCUGGCCACCCGCCGGGUGAUGGUGGUCACCUUCCCCGGGAAGCUGGCGGUGUUUGACGCCGGAACGCUGGAGGACCGGUUCACAGUCACCACCUGUUACCCGGCGCCAGGAGUGCUGGACAACCCGGUGGCGCUGGGACACAGAUGGCUGGCGUACGGGGAGAAGCGCCUCACGGGCUACCUGCAGAGUCGCGGCGGUAUGAACGCCGAGUCGUCCCACAGCUACACGGCUUCAAUGCUGCACGCCGCCAAAUCCAUCAGCAAAGGUAUCCGUGAGCUCGGUGAGGGCCUGGCCUCCACCCUGGCCGGCGGCCGGUACGCCCCGCCCGUCUCCCCGGCCGCCGGAGCCGCCGCCAGCAGCAAUGGAGCGCCCCAGCCGGGUCUGGUGACCGUCCUGGAUGUACUGGCCACCGGCCGCGGCGGUCCGAACGCGCCGCCGGGGCACGGCGUGGUGGCGCACUUUCAGGCGCAUCUGUCGGCAGUGGUUCAGCUGUGUUUUGACGCAUCAGGCACACUGCUACUCACCGCAGACAAACCGGGGAACAGUUUCCAUGUGUUCCGGAUACAGCCGCACUCCCAGCGUCCGGCGCUGGCGACUGUACACCACCUGUACACCCUGUACAGGGGAGAUACCACCGCCAAGGUGUUGGACCUGAGUUUCUCUCUGGACAGCCGCUGGGUGUCUGUGGCCACCCACCGCGGCACCACACACGUGUUCCCCAUCUGCCCGUAUGGAGGUGCCAUCAGUACCCGGACCCACUGCGGGCCUCGGGUGGUGAACAAACUGAGCCGCUUCCACCGCUCGGCCGGACUGCAGGACUCCACCUGUCAUGGCUCUGGCCGCAACUCUCCGCUGUCGCCGAGGACCCGAGAGGCAUCCGGGGGCGGAUCGCCGGGCGGAGGACCGGCGCCCGUCCUGGUGCCGCCCAUGGCGCAGCUCAGACAGCCGCUGCUCACCCAGCUCACCGCUGGCUCAGGACCGUCUCCGCGCCACUCUCCUACCGCUCGCCACGUGCCCACGGAUGACACGUCGCACGUGCGCGUGGUGUGCACGUUCGCGCCUUCCCGCGGCUGGGUGGCCGGCUCGGCGGGCGGCGGCGGCGGCGGCUCGGCCGGCUCCCGCGAGCGCCGCCACUGGGACGCCCUCUACGUGAUGUCGAGCGGCGGCAGCCUGAUCGAGUACCACGUGGAGCCGCGCCCGGCUGGAGUGAUCGCCAAGGACCGAGUGCCCGAGGACGCGCCGGUCGAGGUCACGGUUCACGCGCACGCCCAGUGGUCGCUGUGUCGCCAGACGGUGUGGCCCGAGGUGCGGCCUCCGCUGGCCACCGGCAGUGUACUGCUGCACACCCCGACCCCGCCGGCGCCGCCCACACCGCCGGCCGGAGCCGAACAGUGGGUCUCGCAGGUGGAGAUUCUGAGCCACUCGGGCCCCCACCGGCGGCUCUGGAUGGGGCCGCAGUUCUCGUUCCGACCCUUCUCAGACUCGGCCGGAGGUGCCUCUGAGGGUCGGGACCUGCUCAGCGCUGCCCGUUCCAGUCCGGUCAACAUGCCCGCCCAGCUGGCCUCUCACAGCAUCGAGUGCGGAUCGGCCAACAGUUACGAGCAGUCGCCGCGUCUGAUUGACGCCUUGGACACGGACAGUGACCGGCACGAGUCGCAGCUCUGUCAGAGGAUCGCCGAGGCCAUGUCGGACCUGGGACCGCCGACCGUGCUCGACGACUGCAGUCGCCGCCGGCGCCGCCGCCGCAGCGACUCGGCCCGCAGCUCCGCCUCCAGCAGCAGCGUGGACGUGCGCCUCUCCCCGGAGCGGGGCGGCUCGCCGCUCGACUUCUCCGAGUACGAGCGGGACGCGCCGGCGCCGCCGCUGCAGCCGCACCUGCUGGACGAGCCGCUGCCGCCGCCGCCGUCCGGGGUUCCUCGGGAGGAGAGCGAGGAGCCGGACUCGCCGCCACCCCCGGCCGAGGACUGGCCGGAGCCGGCGCCGCCGCGCCGCCGGCCGCCGCCGCUGCCGCCGCGGCCCCGCGACCCGUCACCGCCGCCACUGAGCGACGGCGAGGACUCUCCGGCGGCACACGAGUUCCAUACGGCCCGCUCCAGUGACGACGACUCGUCCCCGCCGCCGCCGGUGCCGCGCCCCCUCGAGCGCCAGCCCAGCUGCGGCUUCGAGGGCGGCGAGCAGGUGUACGACCGCGAGCGGGAACAGGAGUCCGGCUGGGGCGACGAUAUCCUGUGUCCCGACCUGGCCGCAGACAGCAGCUCGCGCUCGGCCAGUGACCGCGAGCGGGCCGAUAAAACUAGCGACGAGGAACGGCCGACGGUCACCGUCACCAAACGCAGGGGAAAGAAGAAACGCCGAUGAUGCGGGGAAUGAAGAUAGGGUUGUGAUUGGAAGGACAUUGGCGAAUGGUGCGUUAAUUUGUUGGGUGGGAUAGAAUGCAUGACAGCUACCCCUUUGAGGCAAUUAGCGCACCGUGCUGAUGUUUACAGAGACAGUUUGAAUUGGGUGAUAAUUGCGUCACGAGAGAAGAGUUCUGGUGAUAUUAGAGCGACUGGGAUCACUGUAGCUGUAGCACCGUGCGUUCUGGAGAGGUCACCGCCUUCGCUGCCCGGGCGGCUCUAGAGUAGACACCGCGCGUCGGCCUCUGCGCCGUGACUGUGGGCUUUCGGAUCUAUCACUGCGGCUUCUGAGCGGCCGUGCCAGGCCAGGGCGAGGUGCGGAGUCGGCGGGGCCCGCUCCGACGAGGGGUUUGGUGUCGAGAAGGUACUGCUGGGCUGGCCCGGAAGAUUGAGUGGCUGGUAGGAGGAUAUAGAUUAUAUGCGUGCCCGGAGUGGUAAUGGU